GAAGGGAUGAGAGACUGUGGUCGAGAGGUUCACAUCAAAAUGGCCGCAUUUUAGUCUACAGACGAUUUUUCUUUACUGUUUGCCAAUAGCCGUGUAAAGGGCCUGGCAGUGUUCCCUAAAGUAGCAGAUCUGUUUCGCUGGAAAUUUUACUAUUGAAUAACGUGAAAAUUUUCGUGAAAUAGAACAAACUUUGGUUUUGCACAAUAUCUUAUAAGAUGUUACGUCACCAACAUCAUACAAUGCAAAACCAACUUAGAGAUCAUAAUAGAAUGGGAGGUCCGAUGCGUCCUAUGCAGCAGGCAAACAUGGCCCCUUUACAUCAGCCGCAGCAUCCAUUACCGCAUCGGAAUCCACAUCAACAAAUACUGUCCAUGCCCCCCCAUCAACAACACAUUCAUCACAUGCAACAUCCUGGACCACCGCAUGGAAAUCCACGACAACCGAUGUUGAUGGGCAUGAAUGCACAUAAUACAAAUGGCACUGUGGUUAGUGUCAGUCUAAAAGACCAAGCAAACACUGUCUCUGUGACUCUACAAAAUCCAAAUGUUCAAACACCACCGUAUGCGCAACAACAAAAUAAUCAACAGAAUCCUCCUCCGCAACACAUGCAACAACAACAAAAUAUGGAACAAAAUAAGUCAUCCACAAAUGAAAGCAACAAUGGAGAGUCCAGAGAUCAGAGUCCUUCUACUCAAAAUCAUGUCAACGCGACUGAUUCAGCUUUGGCAAACAUGAAAGAAAAGACCCCGAUGUGCUUAUUGAAUGAAUUAGCACGGUUUAAUAAGAUUCAGCAUCAAUAUAGAUUGACUAAUGAACAAGGACCAGCGCACAAAAAACGAUUCACGGUAACACUGAAGCUUGGGGAGGAGGAAUAUGUCGCUGAGGGUCCCAGUAUUAAAAAAGCACAGCAUAGUGCUGCGACCGAAGCAUUAACGCGAACCUGGUAUCAACGACCUCCACCGAAACCUACUAAGGCAAUGAGAGUUGGACAUCCAGGAAAAUGUUUCAGCGGUUCUGGGAACUUGCCUCCAACGGUCGAAUUAAACGCUUUGGCUAUGAAGAGAGGAGAACCUACUGUUUACACUUUUAGAAAAGCUCCACCAGCAGGGAUACAGAAAUAUGUUCCGGGUUUAGACCUUUUUCCUCGAAUAUACAAUCCGCGUUUACCUACGUUGACUCGUGGUGGUUACCUCGUAGAACCUCAAUUGUAUCUAGUAUCCUUGAAGGUAGGGGAACGUGAAUUUAUUGGUAAAGGACUGACAGGUCAAGCAGCACGACAUGACGCAGCUAGUAAAGCUUUAGAGGAGUUACGUCAAUUACCAUUACCGGAAGAAGUGGCAAACACUUGUAAUACCGGUGAAAAUGGUGCAUUAGGUGAAGCUAAAGAUCCUAUUGCUGAGUUAAAGAGUCCUGUAUCGUUAGUUCACGAGAAAGCAUUAAAACGUGGUUUACCUGUUAGUUUUGAAGUUGUAUCGGAAAUUGGGAAACCCCAUAUUAGGACAUUCAGAACAAAAUGCACAGUUGGAGAUAAAAUCACAUUAGGCGAAGGACCAUCAAAGAAAGUAUCAAAAAGACAUGCGGCCGAAUUUAUGUUGGAAGAACUUAAUCUUUUGCCUCCAUUGACCGAAACUAUACAAAAUCGCCCGCUGCGAGUCAAACGCAAACCACCAGCAACAAAGAAAAAGUCACGAAACUUGAUAAAAGUUUAUCAGGAACCACGUUCUGAAUCGGAAGUUGCGGAAGAAGUGAAUCCAGUUUCACGAUUGGUUCAGAUACAGCAAGCUAAACGAGAAAAGGAACCCGUUUAUAAUUUAAUAGAAGAAAAGGGUACACCUAGGCGAAGGGAAUUCGUUAUGGAGGUUACUAUGGGACAACAUUCAGCGCAAGGAAUGGGUCCUAAUAAGAAGCUAGCCAAAAGAGCUGCGGCAGAAGCUCUUUUAACGCAAUUAGGUUACAGUAAGCCACAGCGACAGCCUACAAAGCCAUCAAUAAAAACAGGAGAAAGCGAGAACACUGAAACAAAACCUAGGAAGGUCACUUUCUUAGAAGAUGAGCAGAUAAAUGAAGCUCAACCUCAUCCAGUAGGAGGAACUAUUGGGCGUCAGUUAGUACCUGGAAUUUUAUUAGUCGAUGGAGGCCAAGAAUCUAAAUUAAGUAGUGGACCCAGUGUGGAAAUUGUUGCUGAAGAAUUACGAGGCCAACAACAAAACCCAGCCACAGUUUCUCCCAAAGAUCAGUUGAAAUAUCUCUCUCAGUUAUUUAACUUCAACGUGGAAUUCAGUGACUUUCCUAAGCCAGCAGCAGUAAAUAAGGAAUAUCUCUCACUUGUAACGUUAAGUACAGAUCCACCGCAAGUUUGUUAUGGCAAUGGGCCGACAAGGAGUGCGAGUCGUAAUCAAGCGGCAUUGAAAGCUUUGUGUACUUUAAGUAAGCUGGGCCUCGACAAUGCAUCUAAUUCGCAAACGAUAAAGGAUAAAGGUGCGUCUGGAGAUGGAAUACACAUUAGCAUUCAAGUUAAGAACAAUAUAAUGGAUGGAACUAUUGAUAAUUGUUGAAUGAACUAAUCGGUGGGAAAAUAGCUCUCCUCAAUCUCUAUCUGGGCCUUAUUACAUGGUAACUUCAAACGUUGAAUCACCAAUGACUCAGUCUUCGCACAUUACGCCAUUGCUUCUUUAACUUCAUGGAUCGCGUAUUUUGAAGAUCAAUAGCUUUUUAUGGAGGAUCAAUCUUUUGCAGUGCCUUAAUCGCACCAGAAAACUGCUCAAGCACCAGUAACUAAGAAGUCAUUGAUGAGAGUACAGAAAAAUGUCUUUCUUUUAGAAGCGGAGACAUCUGAUCAGUCCUAACAGUCUUCGAUAGACUCCUAUGACGAUUACAAAGCGUAAAGCUUGCGCAUACUAUUGCGUAUGGAGUAUUUAAUUUAAAUCAUUUUUCUACGCUUAAAGAGUACACAGUAGUACCUUUGGAAAAGAAUUAUUGGUGCUUGAUCAAGAUUGUGAUCCUAACAGUGAACAUCGAUUAUGUCAUAUUUAUUAUAACUUCAUUGAUAGGACCACAAUCAAGUAACAUAAAUUGUUAAACAUCGUAAUUGAACGAAAAUGGUCAUUCUCCAAAGAAUCGUGGUUUAUGAUCAAAGAAAUAUUGUAGACACGUUAAGUGAAGAAACUAUUGAAAUCUGAGAUAAAAUGCGGCCAUCUCUUAAUUUUUUUUAUUUAAUCCUUGGCUUUCUCAUUCUUCGCGAAUAGAAUGUCUAUUAUGUCGUAUUACCUGACAUGAGCGCAUGUAAACGAGUAAAUCAUUUUCAUACAAAAUUCUUUAAAUGUUUUGUUGAUCAAAGCGGAAUCUUUAUUAAUGAUUAUUUUGACAUUGUAUAUAACUAUUGGUAUGUAAAAAGAAAUGCAUUUUUUUCAAAAUGAAAUUCGUCUAGAAUCUUCGAAAAGUUACGUCUCUCCAAUCGAAUAAUCAAAUGGAAGAAGAUUGCAAAAAUUGUAAAGCCAUUGAUUCUCAUUUUCUAUUAAAUUAAUAGUAUGAUAGUACUACAACAAUUAUAAAUGACAGUAUUAAUUAGAAAGAAAUAGUAAAGCUUUGGAAAUUCAUUGGGGACUCGAACUUUCUCGACUUUUCUACGAGUUUCCGUUUAAAUCUUGAAAAUUGAAGAAAGGUAAUGUGAUAUAUUCAUAUUAUUGCCCCAAUUUGCUUUUUGGUGGGGCCUAGAAGCACUCUGGGGUUAUAUUCGUGUUUUGCAAGGUAUUGAGAAGUAAAGGACAUUCAAAUUUUCAUACAUCCGUUAUCUAAUAAAAGAAUAAAAAAUGAUUUUGGAUGUAUUGGAAAUUGUAGUUGAAAAUGGUAAUAAUUCAAAAUUUGUUCCGUUGCGUCAUAAUUAUUAAAGAAAUACGUUUGAUUUAAGCUUAAGGAAAUAACGUAUCAACAUUCUUGAAACGACGUUGUAAAUUUUGUCUUAUUACCGAAAAUUAAAAAAAAAAAUAGUAUAAUAAUGAAUCAAGGUAAUAGUCUUAAUCGUAACUCUGUUUAAUAAACAAAGAAGAAGACUACGAUACCACUUUUUUCGUCGAAGACUUAUCUUGCAUUCAUUAUUCCCAUUAAAUUAUUCAAAAAAUGUCUCGAAUGAUAUUCGGCCAUUAAAAAAAAAAACGGAAAAAAAAGAAAAAAAAA